AUGUUUAUCCCAAUAUUCUACGGUCUCAGCGUGCUAUGCGCUUUACUAUUCUACUAUACAAGGACCAAGGUAGAAACUUGUGAAGAUGCGAACUUUAAAGGCUUCCAAAAGACCUAUAUUACUGUCUAUUUGUUGGCUGUUGCUGGUGAUUGGCUGCAAGGACCUCAUGUCUAUGCUUUGUAUGACAGCUAUGGAAUGACAAAACAUCAAAUUGAGAUCCUUUUCAUUGCUGGCUUUGGUUCAUCUUUACUUUUUGGCACAAUCAUUGGCUCAUUUGCGGACAAAUUUGGUCGUCGAAACAAUUGUCUUCUUUACGCUUUAUUGUAUGGUGGCGCUUGUGUAACGAAACAUUUCAAUGACAUCAAUAUUUUAAUGAUUGGACGAUUUCUUGGUGGUAUCGCGACGUCAAUUCUCUAUUCAGCUUUCGAAAGUUGGCUUGUUUUCGAGCAUAAUAAGCGUGGCUUCAGCGAUGAUCUCUUGGGCACAGUGUUCUCAAAUGCAGCUUUGGGCAACUCUCUUGUCGCCAUUCUUUCCGGUGUCGCUGCUCAAAUGGCUGCUGAUACUUUUGGCUAUGUUGCUCCAUUUGAUUUGUCAAUGUUAGUGUUGGGUGUAAUGUUUUUCCUUGUCUAUGGUACAUGGACUGAAAAUUAUGGAAAUGAAUCAGCAGCUCUUCAGCAUUCAUUUAAAGAAGCUGCGAAUACGAUUAGAAAUGAUGUAAAAGUGCUUUGUCUUGGACUAGUUCAAUCGCUUUUUGAAGGAGCUAUGUACACUUUUGUACUCGAAUGGACUCCAGCUUUAUCACAAGCAACUGAAGGUUCAUCAAUUCCUCAUGGAUAUAUUUUUGCUGCUUUCAUGGUCGCUACAAUGAUGGGCUCAUCAAUUUUCAAAAUCAUCUCCAAACGGAAAAGACCUGAGGAUUUUAUGAGAUACGUUCUCUUUAUCGCAGCGAUUUGUCUCUCCGUUCCAAUCUUCAUGCCCUCUUCAGGCAUCUCCAUUUUCAUCGGAUUUCUCGUUUUUGAGACCUUAAUCAGCGCACUUUUUAUUUCAUCAGCUCUCUGCUUUGGUGUCUCCUUUUUCAUUCAUCUUCAAAAUAUCAUCUUUACAAGAGCGAUCAUCGCCGGUUUAAGUGGAAUCAUUGCAAAUGCAUCAAUCUGUUUCUUCUUUGAAUCGAUCCCUUCCCAUUUACGUCUUUUAUUAAUUUGUCUUCUCAACCCAAGCUACAGCCUAUUCACCUCCGGAAUAGCUUUCGUGAGUAGAGAAUGGAGGAAUUAUCUUAGAAUUGCCUCAACUGUUGCCCUCAUUUCUACAAUAUUUUUGAAAUUUUCUGUGGAAAGCGUUUUUCACUCUCUUCAAAGCGGUAAAUUCAAAAGAGCGAAAGAGGAUUUGCAUAAAAUUUACGGAGUGAACAGUCAACUGGACGAGUUCACGUCAAGAAGUAUCGAGAAAAUCAUCGCUACAGAGAAACGGCACCAAUCAACGACUCCAAAAUGUCAGACUUACUUCCACCUCUUCUUCAACUCCCGCUUUCUUCUAUGGACUUUCUUAUUGAUUUUGAAUGUCUUAUUUUUCUCUCAUCAACCAUACCAAAUGCGGUCUCUUCAAGAACUGUUCCCCUUUGAUCUUUAUUUGAAUUCAAUCUCGGCUGGGAUCUUUAAUUGGAUAACGAUUCUACUUUUUGUGAUUUCUGAUUUUUCAAAGUCAAUUAGUCGAAAAGAUUUGUUAAUGAGCUGUCAAAUCUGUUUUGCUUUAGCGACAAUCACUUCCGCUCAUGGUCAAACAUAUGAAUAUUUCUAUGAAAUCUCAGUUCUUCUGCAUCAUUUGAGUCGAGAAAUGGGAAUCUCUUUGUGUCUAUUGAUUGGUUCAGAAAUUUUUCCAACUGGUGUCCGAUCUCAUCUCAUUGGUUUGCUACUAAUCGUCGAGAAGUUCGGAGGCGUUUAUUUGAAUGCAGCUUUGCAAAUGAUUUCCUCUUUCUUUUCUGCUUCUCAACUUUUCGCGGGUUUCUCCCUGCUCUCUCCGCUUCUCAUUUUCACCGCUCUUCUCCUCCCAGAAUCGAAAAAUUCCCCAAUUCGGCUGCAUUUUCCCGAGAGAUCUUUACAAAAAGUGGCGAAUUCGAAAGUGAAUAUAUUUCAU